AUGAGGGUCGUGGACCUGAAGGUGGAGCUCAAGGCGCGAGGCCUGCCCGUGAGCGGGCUCAAGGCCGUGCUCAUACAGCGCCUCCACGACCACGACAACUCCUUGGUCGAAAAGCGCCCCCAGGCGAAGGAUGACGAAGAACCCACAGAGGGCGUCAAGAGCGGCGACGGCGCAGGCGCGGAGCUCUCGCCGGAAACGGUAACCAAAACGCUGCCGACCGACGCUGACGUCGGAAAGCAGGUUGAGUCUUCAACGCCCACCAAGAAUACUGUUGGAGCGGCGGCAACAGCGAUACCGGCGACCGCGGAAAUUUCCGAGGAAAUUUCUCCGAAGAAGCAAGAAAUUUCUCCCAAGAAGGAAAUCUCUCCGAAGAAGCCGGAUGCUGCCAUUGCUCGUCAGGUUUCGGACGCUCCCGCCACCGAGCUCAGGCCUACCGACAGCAAGACCCAUCGCGGGUCGAUGGCGAAUACCGCCCCUGCGCCCGCAGCCUCAGCGGAGACAACGCCGACGAAACCUGAGGUCACCGUAAAGAGUACGGCGGCAGCCCCCGUAACCGUAAAACCGGAGGCGGCGGCGCCGGCCGUGGAGGGAAGUGGGGGCAGCGGCGCGGAGGUGGUGGACAGUAACUCAGAGACACAGAUCAGGCUUGCGAAGACCGCCGGGGUAUUCGGAGUCGUAGUGAGCGCUGCUUGCAUCGGGGCGGGGCACGGGCUGACGGCGGGCAACCUUGCGUCCCUCCAUGUGGCACUGUUGGGGCUGUUCAUUGCGGCGACGGCCUCCAACAAGCGACCAACAGGUUCUCGGGCUUUCGCGGCCAGGGCAAUCGUCACGCUAGCGCUGGCCCUGGUGGCUUCGGAGGCUUUGCAGCAGACCCAGCGGCAACCACCGCCACCCUUGUCCGGAGGGGGGGGAGGAGGAGGGAUGGCGACGCUGUCGGCCCUUGUGUCCGACAGGGUCGCGGCGAGCCCGAGCUGUGGGACGGAGGGAGGUGGCGAUGUGUCGUGCGGACAGGUUGGCGAGGCGGUCCUACCCACGCUUCAGGCGUGCCUGCACUGGAUGAAGGGGCUUUGGAGCGUUCUGGACCAAGGGGAGUGGCGAUCGGUGCGAUUCGGGGUGAUCGAGUUCUGGGGCUGGGCUUCGGUGGCGGGGUAUUUGGCCCUGGUAGAGGCGCUCCCUGUGAUGCUGCAGCCUCUCCACGGUGUUUUUCGGAGGCUAGAGCGAGGCCACAACAUCCUCCUCGCACUCACGAGCGCGGCGAUGCUGGUGGGGAUCAUCUGCUCCUGCGUCACCAGCGGGAAGACUUCCAGCGUGCAUGCGAUGCUGUGCGGAGCUUUCGACGAGGGGGACCCGGUCUUCGACAUGACGGCCAAGACGUUCUUCUGGUCCAAAGCCUGGGAGUGGGUGGACACGGCUAUUUUGGUGGCGAAGGGCAAGCCGGUCUCGUGGCUCCAGUACACGCACCAUGCCUCCACUGCUAUCCUCACGGCCCUAAACAUGGUGCCGACCCGCAACGCCAUGUGGUCCGUCGUGUGCGCUCUCAACAGCUUUGUGCACGCUUGGAUGUACGCCUACUACGCUUUCCCUAGGUUAAGCCUGCUGCGGCGCACGAAGGUCUGGCUAACGUGGGCCCAGAUGGUGCAGCACAUGAUCGUCCUUGCGUCUGCGACCUACGUGGUGUACCAGAGCCGAACAGGGGCCGAGUGCCACAACAACACCACCCCGAUCCUGGCCGGCCUCGGGCUUUACCUCAUGUACCUGGUGUUCUUCGCGCUGUUCUACCGACGAACGUAUCUGGGAGGGGCCAAGAAGCCCCACCGAAAAACGUCGUAGUAUUACCGAAGAUUCUCGUGUGUGAGGGCCUGUAUCACGCGUCGGGGAUGAUAAAGUCGCCGCACACCAAUAAUAGACCGGGAAGCUCGUUGGUAGUAUGCAUUCGGGGAGAAGCGGGGCGUCAAUGGUGAUGGUGCCCGAUGUGGCGGGUAGUGGGCCUUCUUUGAGAGCCUUUUGUCUUCGGAAGCUUUCUGGAGACUGGCCUUUCGUCCGAGCGUGUUUCCGGUGCCCUUUUUUUGCUGGAGUUGCCAAAAGUUGGGAGGUCAACCGCACCGGAUCGGGGGAUGUGGGUAGGGAUCAUUCAUACACGCGUGUUGCCGCCGUCUUUCCGCCACGGCUAUCCUUCUCCGAGAAAAUCGGAGCCGUAGCACGUCGUGGGUCUCCGGCCUCUAGUUUCUCACAACCCGCAUCCAACGCGAGGCCUUGCGAUGUUUCCCGCGAGCCGUACGAACUGUGGGUGGUACAUAUAUCCUAUUUAGCUCGUAAACUUUGUUGUUCAGUUCGACCGUCGACUGGCUGAGGUUUUUUUCUCUCUCGAUUAGUAUACAGUCGAUUGCCGUUUCCGCUAUGUGUAUUUUUGUUCUGGACUGAAUGGGAUCCGCGAUGUUCAUGUUCCUGCGCCUCUGCCCUGGGCUAAUCAUGGCGUCCGCGGUGGUGGUGGUGACCCGGGAAAACCGGUGGUCGCUGCAGCGGGUCCAAAAGCCAUCGAGCUAGCAAGUAAAUGGUAAGAGUGUAGAGUGAAAGUGUAACCUAUGCAUGACCGGUGUAUCUUCAAAGGGUGCCUUUUUUUUGUUUCCAUCCUCGACGAAAGGUGAACACGUUGGGGGGCACCGUGUAGGUCACGUCGGGGGUGCAUUGUUUCUGUCUCCCUUUCUUCUCUCACCCCUUAAUUUUCAGACAACCGAGUUACUGUGUGGUGUGUGCGUUUUUUGAAGUAGCGUCCACCGCGCUAACCGGCUGACCGAUGAAGAUAAUUCAGUGUCAGUGCGGGUGAAAGCAGUGUGUGCGUGAGUCGAAUUAGCGUCGACCGCGCUAACCGACGGACCAAUGAAAAGGCGUCGGUCUUGUAGGGGGAAAAGUUACCCGAACACGAUUUUGUCAUCAAUGGUAUGUGCGCUGGUUGGCCACCGGAUGAGUCUUGUGCUUCCCUACCGGGGAUGACGGAAAAUCGAAAGUGGCCGGCGUGGGGUGGCGUGAUUCAUCCUGUGUCAAAAGUGUUGCGGUGUGAUUAUCUGUACACGCUUUGCCCGGAUCGCCCGAGAGAAAACAGGGUUCUGUAUGGAAAAGGAGAGUUUUGAGGUGCCUGUUCACACAACAGCUUGGGAGGGGAAAGGCAGUAAGAGAUGAGGCCGGUCGCAAGUUGUGCAAGACGUACUUUCUUCGCUCUCCGCCUACGUGCACGGCUCAUGGAGGAUCUUUUCAUGCCAGGUAUAUAGUCUCCGUGCAGAGACCUCUUCCACGCAAGCACCGAAUCUCUUGGCAUGCCCUCGGAUGGAAAGCUGACAUUGCCAGGUGUUGUUUUGUCAGGGAGGGGAUGCCUGACGGAUAACCCGGCCAGGGUUGGUUCGGGAAAUAUAAGCACCGACGCGUGGGGUGAUCUGUCAUGGCCUUGGGUGUGGGCCGCAGGGAAAAAUGUAACUGUUUGGAGGAGGUGUGAUACAGGGUCGGGCGUGAAGAGC